AUGCUGUCAACAAUAACUACAACGACAGUCCGACAAAAGUUUGCAAAUUAUGAUGUAGUUAUUCCUUUAUCAAUGGCUGGUGUUUUAAUAGCUGUUAUAAUUGCUUGUAUAAUAUUAAUCUUAGUUAUAUUUACAAAACGAUUACAUACAGUUACACAUCUUUUAAUAUGCAAUUCAUCGAUUUCAUCGAUAUUCUAUUGUAUAGUUCAAUGUAUUAAUUAUAUUUUUCUUGUAUUAAUUCCAUCGGAAAUGAAUGAUUCCGCUUGUCGAUGGCGUGGAUUUUUUGGUUAUAUGGCAGUUGCAGCCGUUGUCUAUUCUUAUUUAGCUCAAGCUAUCUCACGAUUUUUCAUUUCUAUUCUUUCAACGAAAUAUCGAUGGGCUAUGUCAUUCAAAGCUCAUAUAAGUCUUAUUCUUAUUCAAUGGGUUAUAGUUUUACUAAUACCUUUACCAGCACUUGUUACAAAAGAUAUCUAUUAUCGUCCUUUUGCACUUUGUUGGGUACCAAAAAAAUAUACUCUACAUAUAACAUAUACAGUUGUUGCAUAUUAUUUAAUUCCAGCAGCAUUAAUUUUUAUUAUCUAUAUUUAUAUAUAUUUUCGUAUUAAACGUCGUAGAAAUAGUAUAUUUACAAUAAGACCUACAGGACGAACACAUCGUGAUCUUGAAGUUCUAUAUAAUAUUAUGAUUUUAUUUGCUAUAUAUACAUUCGGUGCAAUUCCAACAAUACUCUAUUUAUCAACUGGUAUUCAGUUUUUAUAUGAAAUGGGUAUUAUAUCUGUAUCAUUUACAGUAGCUAUUGAAAAAAUUGCUACACUUAUACUCGAUCGUGAUAUGAGAAAUAUGAUAAAAUUUUAUUUGCAUCGAUCAAUGACUCAAAUUCGACCAAUAUCAUAA